AUGGGAAACCGACAAUCAAAACAAUCAAAACCAGAUUCCAAAAAAGAUGCUUAUAUUGCCGAAAGUGAAGCAACACGAAACGAACGCCAACAAAUCGUAGAAAAACUUAUACGGCAAGGGAAUUUCUCUUCGUUGAUCGGAGAACAAUUAAAAGCUGGAGGAUUAAAAAUAUUGGAUGUUGGAUGUGGCCCAGGAACAUGGGUAAUCGAAAUGGCCGAAACAUAUCCAUUAUGUUCAUUCAUAGGUGUUGAUAUUUCUCCAGUUGAUCUUUUAAGAGAACUACCAGUAAAUGUUGAAUUUAUACAAGCCAAUAUUCUUGACGGUCUGCCAAUUGAAACCAGCAAAUUUGAUUUCGUGGUCAUGCAUUUUUUGGAUAGGUGUUUCACAAUAAAGCAAUGGAAGUCGAUAGUCAUUCAAGAAGUUGCUCGCGUUAUGAAACCUGAAGCAUUGCUUGAGUGGAUGGAGUGUAAUGUAACUUUGGAAAAUCAAGGAGAAAAUACAAAAAAAUUGAUGCACGCUUUCUUGUCGGCAGCAAACUCAAAAGGUUUAAAUCUGUGGGUAGUAAAUGUAAUUCCAAAAAUUUUAUCUAAUUCGGGGAUAUUUGUAAAUAUAAAAAUGGAAAAACAAACAGUUACUUGUGGUUCUGCUGAUGGAAAAUGUGGUGAAUUGUCUAUAGAUACUUUUAUCAAUUUACACCGAGCUAUGAAAAAACAAACUACGGAAUUUAUGAGUCUCACUUGGCACGAAUACGAUCUGCUACUCGAUAAAGUACGCGCAGAGUUUAAACAAUAUCAAAUAACUAUGGAAUAUUGUCGAUUUUGUGCGCAAAAGGGGAAAAAUGAGUAA